CUCAUUCUAUGGAAACCACGUGACUGCAACUAACCAAUGAUGUUGCAUCUUGUGAACUGCUGGUGCUUCUCUUUCAUGUCAUAAUUUUACCGAAGAUGCCAAAUAAAUUGAAAAAGGAGAAGGAGGUGUCAAAGAAGUCUGGGACAGGAAACGGGAAGAACGGCAAAGAUAACUCUGAGAGUGUUGAGGAGGCGAACAAGACGGUAACGCCGCCACGCCCCGAGCAGCUGGCCCAGGGAAAUGUGCCACCCCCCACGCAGAUCAACAAGAUCAAGUACCCCGGCCCCCCCCACAUCAAGAAGGACAAGCGACAGAGUUCGUCCAGGUUCAACAUCAGCAAGAACCGUGAACUGCAGAAGCUGCCACUCCUUAAAGAUGCGACCAGCAACGAGCGCGAGGAGCUCUUUGUGCAGAAGAUCAGGCAGUGCUGCGUCCUGUUCGACUUCGUAGCCGACCCGCUGUCCGACCUGAAAUGGAAGGAGGUGAAGCGCGCCGCGCUCCACGAGAUGGUGGAGUUCGUGACGACGCAGCGCAACGUCAUCACCGAGCCCAUCUACCCCGAGUCCGUGAACAUGUUCGCGGUGAACCUGUUCCGGACGCUGCCGCCCUCCAGCAACCCCAACGGAGCGGAGUUCGACCCCGAGGAGGACGAGCCGACCCUGGAGGCGGCCUGGCCCCACCUGCAGCUCGUCUACGAGUUCUUCUUAAGGUUUUUAGAAUCUCCAGACUUCCAGCCAAAUGUUGCUAAGCGAUAUAUUGAUCAGAAGUUUGUCCUCCAGCUUCUAGAGCUGUUUGACUCUGAAGACCCCCGCGAGCGGGACUUCCUGAAGACCACGCUUCACCGGAUAUACGGGAAAUUCCUGGGUUUGCGGGCAUACAUCAGGAAACAGAUAAACAACAUAUUUUACAGGUUUAUAUAUGAAACAGAACAUCAUAACGGCAUUGCAGAACUAUUGGAGAUACUGGGCAGCAUCAUCAACGGCUUCGCGCUGCCGCUGAAGGAGGAGCACAAGGUGUUCCUGCUGAAGGUGCUGCUGCCGCUGCACAAGGUCAAGUCCCUGUCUGUGUACCACCCGCAGCUGGCCUACUGCGUGGUGCAGUUCCUGGAGAAGGACCCCUCGCUCACAGAGGCCGUCAUCCGCUGCCUGCUCAAGUUCUGGCCCAAGACCCACUCCCCCAAAGAGGUGAUGUACCUCAACGAGCUGGAGGAGAUCCUGGACGUGAUCGAGCCCGCAGAGUUCCAGAAGGUGAUGGACCCUCUGUUCCGGCAGCUCGCCAAGUGCGUCUCCAGCCCUCACUUCCAGGUGGCGGAACGGGCCCUGUACUACUGGAACAACGAGUACAUCAUGUCUCUCAUCAGCGACAACGCCGGCGAGAUCCUGCCCAUCAUGUUCCCGUCGCUGUACCGCAACUCCAAGUCCCACUGGAACAAAACGAUCCACGGCCUGAUAUACAACGCCCUGAAACUGUUCAUGGAAAUGAACCAGAAGCUGUUCGAUGAGUGCACUCAGCAAUACAAGCAAGAGAGGCAGAAGGAGAAGGAGCGACAGAGGGACCGCGAGGAGGCGUGGGGCCGCGUCGAGGAGCUGGCGAUGAGGAACCCCAGCUACGCCCCGUCGCGCGCCAGCAGCGUCGACAGCAACAUGGACGCCUCGCCGGAGGGGGACGACAACGCGGACGACAUCACCUACGAGAAGCUGGAGGCCGAGGCCAGAGAGGUGCGCAAGACGCGCAACAAGGAGAAGCCGCUGCUGCGACGGAAGUCGGAGCUGCCCCACGACACGCAGACCUACAAGGCCCUGGUCGACCACAAGCGGGCGGACGAGUUCCUGCCCACCCCGCCCGACGUCAACAAGUGCUAAUGGACGUGCCGACGGCAGGUCCGCAAUCAGCGUGCGAGUCGUGCGCUUUCAUGUAUUAUCUAGCCGAGCAACAGCUGCAUGCGUCGUCGCAGGGACUUGCGGUGGCGAGCGUCCCGGGGGUGCUCGCGGGUUUGUUUGUACGUAGCGCCGGCCCGAAGACGGCGUGAGGCGAGGCGUUCGUCCACGGAGCGGCCCGUGAGAACUGUGUGAGUGACGUGAGCGAGUGAGUGAGUGUGUGCGAGUGUGUGUGUCGCCGAUGUGCAGGAAUAUAGCGCUUGUGCCAAUAAUACUGACGUUCUUUCAGUUGUUAGGGUUACCACCAUCAUCGUUACGUGUACAUUGGAUGAGAGUUUUUAUCAACAGCAAUUUCUAUCCCAAGAAGCGGGGCGGGAAACCCACCCACCCACCCCUCUUAUGUCCAAUUAAAAAAAAAAAAAAAAAAAAAAUUAAGUCACCUCGUUAGUCCUAGUUGACAAUAUUUUUUUUUGAUGUGAUCAUCGCCAUUGUCAUUUCAUCCUCACCAUGUAAUAUCGUGGCCUUUUUAAUGUUGUACUUUCAAAAGUAAUCCAAAGCUUUUUGCUAGCUUGAUGUGACUUUGUCUUGUUAAACUGCAGCUUGUAUGAAACUGUUGUAAUGAUAUUAUUUUUGUCAUGCUCUCUUGAAGACUUGUAUUUAAAAUGGAUAAGAGAAACACUUGUAUGACUUCUAUAUACAUAAAAAAAAAUUAUAGAAUUGUUACACCAAAAUUAUUUUGUUAGCGUUAGCCGUUGUCUAGUCCUAUAGGUACGUUGCUGAGUGCAUGAUAUGUCAUGUUGAGAUGAUUAACCCCUUUAGAGGAAAAUUUUAAUUUUGGAAUUGAAGAUGAUAGCUGAAUGUGGAUAGGUGUCUGUGAAUCUUUUGUAAAUAAUUUUUAUUUUUUACUGCUAAAGCUGCGAGACUUGUUGGCAGAAUGUUUGCAGAAAGAGACAUUUUGUUCAUACACAACCUGUUUUGCAAUUAUGUUAUAUCAGAUCAUAAAGAAAUACAAAAGCUAUCUUGUAGUGAAAUAAAAUAAAAUUGUCUGUGUA